AUGGGAGAUUUGGGUUUGGUACCAAAAGUUCGCAUUGGUACUGUAAUUGCAGAGCAAUGGACCAUUAAGAAGAAAUUGGGUGAAGGUAGUUGUGGAACCGUUUUCCUCUUGGCCAAUAUUUCAAAUCCGAAGGCUCAUGCAGCGAUGAAAGUAGAACCAUUAAUGUUGAAUGGUAAUGAUGAAAUAUUGAAAAUGGAAGUGUUCGUGUUGAAAAAAAUGCAAAAAUCAAAACAUGCUUGUCGAUUAUUUUCUGCAGGCCGCACAAACACUUUUAAUUAUAUGAUAAUGUCGCUUCUUGGAAAGAAUUUAAGUGAUUUACGAUUUAUGAUGCCUUCGAAACGUUUUACGACAUCCACAAGCCUAAGAUUAGGCAAACAGGGAUUACAAAAGUUAAACAGAAAUUUCCUUGUAUUUAUUCAUGCCUUCUGCUCCGUAUUGCUCCAUAAUGAUGUCCAAGAUUUGCACGGUGCUGGAUUUAUACAUCGUGAUGUAAAACCGCUCAAUUUUUCCCUCGGAUCAACACCAUCUACAAAACGAAUUUUAUUUCUAUUUGAUUUUGGUUUAUCACGACAAAUUUUCCUACCAGUACAAGGAACAAAUGAAAUGAAACUUCGAGAACCAAGAAAAAAAGUAACAUUUAGAGGUACCGUUCGUUAUUGUUCCCUUAACGUACAUCAACACAAAGAACAAGGUCGACAUGAUGAUCUGAUAUCGUUGUUAUAUACAAUCGUUGAGCUUAUCACCGGUGAAUUACCAUGGCGAGGAUUGAAUCGACGUGAAUCCGCCUCUGUUAAAGCAAGCGUACCAGAUAAAAAACUUUUUAAUCAAUGUCCUGGAAAUUUCCUAACAAUUUAUACAUAUCUGAAGGGACUUGAAUAUAACGAUUUGCCAAAUUAUGAAUUUAUCGAUAAAAAAUUUGAUAUUAUUUUAUCAAACCAAAACAUUAAAGAUGAAUCACCAUAUGAUUGGGAAAGAGGUGGACGCUAUUUUGAUGAUGUAGCUGGUAAAGUGAUGCCUAAAAGACAUCGAAAUCCUGAUGAACAAGUGGAAAAAGACUCGUCAUCAACAGUAAAAGAAGAAGUACCAUCAACAGAGGAAGGACCAUCAACUGGUGGAGAUGAUUCAGAUAUGACAGGAGUGGAUAAUGAAAAUACUCUCGAAGAUUUGGAAGAAAUUAAAUAA